AAAGCUACCCUGUUGCUCUGGCUCUCUCUGCCUGUCUGCCAGGGUCUCCAGCUGCCCCAGACAGGCGGUGUGGUCUUGGGAUCCUCCUGGUGACCUUUCCAGCCUAGGUCCCCUCAGCCACUCUGCCCCAAGAUGGGUCGUGGGGCAGGGCGUGAGUACUCGCCUGCCGCCACCACUGCGGAGAAUGGGGGUGGCAAGAAGAAACAGAAAGAGAAGGAGCUCGAUGAGCUGAAGAAGGAGGUUGCCAUGGAUGACCACAAGCUGUCCUUGGAUGAGCUGGGCCGAAAAUACCAAGUGGAUCUGUCCAAGGGCCUCACCAACCAGCGAGCUCAGGAUAUUCUGGCUAGAGACGGACCCAAUGCCCUCACUCCACCCCCUACAACUCCUGAGUGGGUCAAGUUCUGUCGUCAGCUUUUUGGGGGCUUCUCUAUCCUGCUGUGGAUUGGGGCACUUCUCUGCUUCUUAGCCUAUGGUAUCCUGGCCGCCAUGGAGGACGAACCAUCCAACGACAAUUUAUAUCUAGGUAUCGUGCUAGCAGCUGUAGUUAUCGUCACUGGCUGCUUCUCCUACUACCAGGAAGCCAAAAGCUCCAAGAUUAUGGACUCCUUCAAGAACAUGGUGCCUCAGCAAGCUCUGGUCAUCCGAGAGGGAGAGAAGAUGCAGAUCAAUGCAGAGGAGGUGGUCGUGGGAGACCUGGUGGAAGUGAAGGGUGGAGACCGUGUCCCCGCUGACCUCCGGAUCAUCUCUUCCCACGGUUGCAAGGUGGAUAACUCAUCCCUGACAGGGGAGUCGGAGCCCCAGACCCGGUCCCCUGAGUUCACCCAUGAGAAUCCCUUGGAGACCCGCAAUAUCUGUUUCUUCUCUACCAACUGCGUGGAAGGCACUGCCAGGGGCAUUGUGAUCGCCACAGGUGACCGGACGGUGAUGGGCCGCAUAGCCACUCUUGCCUCUGGCCUAGAGGUGGGACAGACGCCGAUAGCCAUGGAGAUCGAGCAUUUCAUUCAGCUGAUCACGGGGGUGGCCGUGUUCCUGGGGGUCUCCUUCUUCGUUCUGUCGCUCAUCCUGGGCUACAGCUGGCUGGAGGCUGUCAUCUUCCUCAUCGGCAUCAUCGUAGCCAACGUCCCCGAAGGGCUCUUGGCCACUGUUACUGUGUGCCUGACGCUGACAGCCAAGCGCAUGGCUCGCAAGAACUGCCUGGUGAAGAACCUGGAGGCGGUGGAGACGCUGGGCUCCACGUCCACCAUCUGCUCGGACAAGACGGGCACCCUCACCCAGAACCGCAUGACGGUGGCUCACAUGUGGUUUGACAACCAGAUCCAUGAGGCUGACACCACUGAAGAUCAGUCUGGGGCCACUUUUGACAAGCGGUCCCCGACGUGGACAGCCCUGUCUCGGAUCGCUGGUCUCUGCAAUCGUGCCGUCUUCAAGGCUGGGCAGGAGAACAUCUCCGUGUCUAAGCGGGACACAGCCGGUGACGCCUCUGAGUCAGCUCUGCUCAAGUGCAUCGAGUUGUCCUGUGGCUCAGUGAGGAAGAUGAGGGACAGGAAUCCCAAGGUGGCAGAAAUUCCCUUCAACUCUACCAACAAAUAUCAGCUUUCCAUCCAUGAGAGGGAAGACAGCCCCCAGAGCCAUGUGCUGGUGAUGAAAGGUGCCCCGGAGCGCAUCCUGGACCGAUGCUCUACCAUCCUGGUACAGGGCAAGGAGAUCCCUCUUGACAAGGAGAUGCAAGAUGCCUUUCAAAACGCCUACAUGGAGCUGGGAGGACUCGGGGAGCGAGUGCUGGGCUUCUGUCAGCUGAACCUGCCUUCUGGAAAGUUCCCUCGGGGCUUCAAAUUUGACACGGAUGAGCUGAACUUUCCCACAGAGAAGCUCUGCUUUGUGGGGCUCAUGUCUAUGAUUGAUCCCCCCAGAGCAGCUGUGCCAGAUGCUGUGGGCAAGUGCAGAAGUGCGGGCAUCAAGGUGAUCAUGGUGACUGGGGAUCACCCUAUCACAGCCAAGGCCAUUGCCAAAGGUGUGGGCAUCAUAUCAGAGGGUAACGAGACUGUGGAAGACAUUGCAGCCAGGCUCAACAUUCCUGUCAGCCAAGUCAAUCCCAGAGAAGCCAAGGCUUGUGUAGUGCACGGCUCAGACCUGAAGGACAUGACGUCAGAGCAGCUGGAUGAGAUCCUCAGGGACCACACGGAGAUCGUGUUUGCCCGGACCUCCCCUCAGCAGAAGCUCAUCAUUGUGGAGGGCUGUCAGAGGCAGGGAGCCAUCGUGGCAGUGACUGGUGACGGGGUGAACGACUCCCCCGCGCUGAAGAAGGCUGACAUCGGCAUUGCCAUGGGCAUCUCUGGCUCUGAUGUCUCUAAGCAGGCGGCUGACAUGAUCCUUCUCGACGACAACUUUGCCUCCAUUGUGACGGGCGUGGAGGAGGGGCGCCUGAUCUUUGACAACCUGAAGAAGUCCAUCGCGUACACCCUGACCAGCAACAUCCCUGAGAUCACCCCCUUCCUGCUGUUCAUCAUUGCCAACAUCCCCCUCCCCCUGGGCACCGUGACCAUCCUGUGCAUCGACCUGGGCACAGACAUGGUUCCUGCCAUCUCAUUAGCAUACGAAGCGGCUGAGAGCGACAUCAUGAAGAGGCAGCCACGGAACUCCCAGACGGACAAGCUGGUGAACGAGAGGCUUAUCAGCAUGGCUUACGGACAGAUCGGCAUGAUCCAGGCUCUGGGCGGCUUCUUCACCUACUUUGUAAUACUGGCAGAGAACGGCUUCCUGCCAUCGAGGCUACUUGGGAUCCGCCUUGACUGGGACGAUCGGACUACCAACGACCUGGAGGACAGCUAUGGACAAGAGUGGACCUAUGAGCAGCGGAAGGUGGUGGAGUUCACAUGCCACACGGCCUUCUUUGCCAGCAUCGUGGUUGUGCAGUGGGCUGACCUCAUCAUUUGCAAGACCCGGCGCAACUCGGUGUUCCAGCAGGGCAUGAAGAACAAGAUCCUGAUUUUUGGGCUGCUAGAAGAGACGGCUCUGGCUGCCUUCCUGUCUUACUGCCCGGGUAUGGGGGUGGCCCUCCGAAUGUACCCACUCAAGGUCACGUGGUGGUUCUGUGCCUUUCCCUACAGUCUCCUCAUCUUCAUCUAUGAUGAAGUCCGAAAGCUCAUCCUGCGGCGGUACCCCGGGGGCUGGGUGGAGAAGGAGACGUACUACUGAGCUCACCGACAAAAGGAAGAACAGGGGAGAUGGGGUGCUCUGGAGGGGCUGAUGGGUGUUGUGGUGAAGGGAAGGGCUGGGGAGACACAAGGAAGCGACGGUGGCGUGAACUCAGAGGGUAGGCUUGGGUAAAUAAACUUGAGGAGACUGCUCCAACUUCUCCAUA